UAUCCACGCUGCCACUGGACUCUUCGAUGAAGGAGUGUCGCCAGAGGAAAAAUCGGUGGAGCUGCUGCUGUUUACAACAAAAUAAUGGAACCAAAAUGGUCCAAAACCGUCUACGAGCGGGUAUUAUUGUCCGGGUUUACGCUGUGUUUGCUAUUAGUCACUAAUCCUACAUCAGCAAUUGACAUCCACGCUGACUCUGAAGUGAUGAUUGAGAACGGCACCACAGGAAUCCUUCGCUGCUCCUUCAGGUCCAGUGAAGUAGUUAGCAACACCACCUCAGUGACGUGGUCAUUCCAGUCGACUCAGCCUGAUACUCCAUAUUCCAAAGCUCCAUAUGUAAUUUUCUACUUUACCAGCGGGAAGGCAUACCCAGGGCCGCCCGAGUUCAAAGAGAGAGUGCAGUUUGUUGGAGACAUCAACAAGAAGGACGCCUCCAUACAACUGAACCGUGCUCAGUUCAGUGACAACGGUACCUACCUCUGUGAUGUGAAGAACCCCCCAGACAUAUCAGGAACCCCAGCCCGAACAGAGGUGCGGGUUGUUCUGAAAGAGUCUCUUCCUCAGAAGAACAUGGCCGUUAUCAUUGGAGCGGUUUGUGGUGCAUUAGCCGUACUUGUCCUCAUCGCUGUAGGAAUCUGCCUCGUCAUGCGGCUCAUGCACAACCGCCAUGAAUAUGAAGGAUGCACAUCCUUGGAAAGCGAGAACACUCGCGCUCCACAACCACGAAAGAAGGUGGAGUCCAGUCUGGCAGGCUCCAGGUGUAGCAGUCCCUCGGGUCCCGUGCAGGGCCCGGUGAUAUAUGCCCAGCUGGAUCACUCGGGCAGCAAAAACUCAUUCCAUAAGAUGGAGCCAGUGGUCUACGCUGACAUCCGCAAAAACUGAAGAGGACAUCAGCACCACGGGGAAAAAAGACAAAAAAAAAAAAUAAUAAUAAUAAUCAGACCUCUAUCAGCUGCUCUCGGGACAGGUGAAAAUCCACAGAAUUGGUGCAUUUUUCUUUACUGUCCACAGAAAGCAUGUUAUAUUAUAAAAUAAUGUUUUCAUGUGCUUUAUGUUAAAGUCAUAAAAAAAAGCAAAGGUAAGGAAUCACUAUAGUGGACGUGAUAACACUCCAAUAUGUUUGAGUUUAUUCUGCAUUACAGGGAUCAAAUUAAGGAAAACAAAGCCUUUAAUGACAUCAUUCCAUGUGUAAAAAUAUUUUAUCAUUGUGGCUUAAAAAAAUCAGGCUCUGAAGCUUGGUGACGGUUUUGGGGCACGUGCAGCGUGAUGCACGCUGCCUGCAGUGUUUUAUUUUAUUUUUUUUAUUUGUUUUUUUUUUUUGCAUGCUGUCAUGAUGUCUGUAACUUGAGUACUCGUUAGCGGAUCGUAACACAUGACGUUACUGUGAAUGCUCUGGUUUCCUGUAAAGUUCCAGCAUGUUGGAUUUUCUUAAAAAAAAAAAAAAAAAAAACUGAUCCUCACCUCAGCUUUAUGUUUUAAUCAGAAAAAUCAAUGUUUGUCUUGAAUCUAAUGAGUGCACGCACAGAAAAGAAACCCAGCAUCAGACUUUAAGGCAGUUUCUGUCCAUUUCUAUUUUAUUUAUUUAUUUUAUUUUUAUUUUUUUUUUGAGUUGCUGCUAAUGGUCAUAGACUGGGCAGGUUUUUUUUUGUGGUAAAAUGUUACAUUGAGGUGAAAUAUCUUUUUAUGAAGACAUUUUCAGACAUGCAGGCUAUGUUUUGGCUUUCCAACGUGCAUCACGUCUUGCGCCUCUCGCCUCGCCAUUCAUCCGCCAUCUUAUUCCAUUUUCAACAGCAGUUGUCUGUUUGGUUUCAGGUCAAUUCUAAGCUAUAAAAAAA